ACCAAACGGAGCCUUAUUAUCUGAACUCUUAUGCAGUUGCAAGAUGCGGGAUGCUGGACCGAUGCUGCAACAUUAGCUGCCACACAUUUGAAGGGAUCUGACUAUGCAAGGGUUUUGCAGAGGUGGGCCGAUCAUGUCCUUCACGUUGAACACAAUAUCUGGAGGGCUCUUAUUUUGUAUGUCGCAGCUGGUGCAUUGCAGGAGGCAUUGGCAGCACUUCGUGAGACACAACAACCUUACACAGCUGCUAUGUUUGUACUUGCUUGUCGUGAAAUUUAUACAGAAAUUACCACCAAUUUAGAAAAUUCAGAUGAUGAAUCUGGGUCAUCAAGCAGCAAUAUGUCGGUCAAUUUACCAGGGUUAAUCCAGAAAUCGGAUUUAUUGCAGUCGGUGAAAUACUUGGACAAUACCAAAGAACAUUGGUGCACCUGUGCCAUGGACUCUCACCAUAUUAAUGACUGA